CCAACGUAAGUCACGUAACUCUUAAUUGCACGGCUUAAACAUUAAUUCUCGUCUCCUUAGGUGAUAGUGUUGACAUUAGUCGGGGGGUUAUUAUUUAUUGCGCGCGACAGAUUAGAUUAUUACGCGGUUCGUCCGGAUCGAAAACAAAAUUGCAACAGCGAGUGACGAUUGUUUACGAUGCCGCUUGGAGAAAAACUUGCAAACUUCGGCUAUUUCGCUGCGACUACGUGACAGAUGAAAUAACGUUUGCUCCGAUUACUAUCUGCUGUCCGCGAAGUCGCUCCACUAUUUUUUCCUUCGCCUGUCCAAAGUCCAUAGUUGUUUCUUCUAUUUCCCCGACGAGACUCGAGACUCUCGAGAGUCUCGUCGUCAACGAGCACGAGUGGUCAGACAAAGUGUGAAUGCUUUGUAUUCACUGUUAUUCAGUUCAAUCAGCGAACGAGUUAGAAUUGCUCAUUAACUUGCCCUGGGAAAUUGCAGCUUACGAUAUAGUAUAAAUUGUGGAAAAGCUGACGUUGUAUUUUGAAUCGUAUGAUUUCUUGGAAUUGAUCGUAGUAUCAUAUUGUCACGUUUCCAGUUGAUCGUAGCAUGCAAAUGUUUGCCUUAAACUAAAUCAGCGAUCGUACGAUUUGCUUAAUUAUUUAGAGGAUGAGUCAUCCAUGUAUUCCAUGAUCGACGUUGGAAAGUUAAAGUUAGAAAAACUGUCAUCUUUUUGUUUAAACGAAAUUGUGUUGCAGAGAUGAUGAAUCACGAUGGUCGAAUUCGUUGAAGAUCUGAAUUGGACGAGGCAAACUGGCACAAUUUUCCUAUAUUGUAUUGUUGCUAAAUAAAACGUAUAUUAUACGCGUGGGAGAAACGUAAAGACAGCUGUAGUUCCUCUUGUUAAAAUUAAUUAUCGCUCUAUCUCAAACGUUUGCUAAUCCUAGUGUAGCAUUUCCUAAAAGUUGCAUAAAUGUGACAUUCGGAACACGUGAUUGCCGCGUACUUUCCACUUCGAUGAGUUUACUUUGCCUUGCUAAGUAAAUUGGUAAUAGUACUCUUGCCCAAGGCUGCUGGUUAACAUUUGUCGGGUACUUAUCGCAAAUAGGAAAAAUUUGUGCAUACGUAAGAUGCAUGUUGACUUUCGUUGCUAUCGGAAGAUUCCGACUUUUCCUUACCUACGUAAAAUCAUAUCACAAUUCCCUUGCACGUGAUAAACGUGUGCUAUGUACGCGUGAUGAAACGAUGAUAGAGGUCAUGAACGAUCACGGAAUGAACUCCAAGUUCUAUGACUAAAUCGGCAUGCUGGAACUGCUAACGUAACUCAAUUGAGAAGAGAGCGUCGAAUCAUCUAGAAAUCGUCUGUACUCCGGUUCAGAGGUUCCAAAAGCGUUGGUGCCCCGAAGUUUUCAGCAGACUGCAGAAGAUGGCAGGUCGGUUUCCAAUCGAUACAAAUUGAUUGGUCGAUACUCGUGAAACUGUUUUACCUUUCUCUUUGCCCGUGGCGCUGUCUGCAGUACUGAAUGUUGUUCGUCGUAUCGUUGCAACAUGGCGUUCACACUUUGGGCACUUUUCGAGGCUACUAUGCUCUGUUUGAAUGCAGUUUGCGUCUUAAAUGAAGAAAGAUUCCUCGCGAAAGUUGGUUGGGCAUCGUGGCAAAAUGUUCAAGGUUUUGGAGAACCACCCACAGUAAAAUCACAAAUUUUGAAUCUUAUUAGGUCGAUACGAACAGUGGCACGAAUUCCGUUGAUAUUUCUAAAUAUCGUAACAAUAAUAGUGAAAUUAGUGCUCGGAUGAGGGAACGAUGGUGUAAAUAGAUGGACAACGAGCUGUGAGAAGCCAAAACAGUGAUGUACAUAAAUAUAAGAUUAAAUUCUUUUAUUUCUACCUUUGUAUAAGAGAGUAAAGUAUUUUUAAUUAUAUCGAGUUUUUUGUACUGCAAGUAUUUCAAACAUUAACAGUUUCUUUGUCAUUUCUAUCUAAAAUUUUUCCUUAUUUGUUUUUAUAUUAUUUUGAAUUCUUAAAUUACAUUGAAUUGUUGAAUUUUUUUUCAUUCUUCGUUCUUUUCUUUUAACUUUAUCGUAG